AUGAAAUUUCAGACUCUUUUUUCUGAAAUCUCCUUCGUAACCUCCUUUCUCUUGCUCCUCUUGGUGAUUUUUAAGCUAGUUAAAAAAUGGAGUUGUAAAAAAUCCAUUGUUAAUUUACCACCAGGACCAUGGACACUGCCUCUCAUAGGAAAUCUACAUCAGAUUAUCAGCAGCUCACUGCCUCAACGCAUAUUCAAAAAAUUGGCAGAGAAAUAUGGGCCCUUGAUGCACCUAAAACUUGGUGAGAUACCAUAUAUAGUAGUUAGCUCACCCGAAAUGGCGAAAGAAAUUACGAAAACACAUGACCUCAACUUCUGUAGUAGGCCAAUGCUUCUUUUGACAUCAGUACUUACUUAUAAUGCUACAGACGUUGUGUUUUCUCCGUAUGGAGAACAUUGGAGGCAACUGCGAAAAAUAUGUGUUAUUGAGCUAUUAAGUGUAAAACGUGCCCAAUCAUUUAGGUGCAUAAGAGAAGAAGAGUGUUCAAUACUAGUUAAAUCAAUAUCUGAAAGUGAAGCAUCCGUUGUUAAUCUCAAUAAGAUGAUGUACUCGACGACAAGUGCGAUAUUGACACGAGCAGCUUUUGGUAAAAAGUGCAGACACCAGGAAGUGUUGAGAUUGAAAAUAGAUGAAGCAAUAGGGCUGGUGGGAGGAUUUUGUAUUGCAGAUUUAUAUCCUUCUAUUAAAAUACUUGAAAGGGUGAGUUGGGCAAAGACCAAAAUGGAAAAACUACAUAGAGAGCUUGAUGAGAUAAUGCAAGACAUCAUCAAUGAUCAUAGAAUAAGUCAAAGAGAAGCAAGCAAGGAUGAAGAUCUAGUGGAUAUUCUUCUCAAGAUUCAACAGGAAAAUGAUGAAUCACAAUAUACCUUUACUGAUGAUAGCAUUAAAUCAGUCAUCCAGGACUUGUUCAUUGGUGGUACCGAAACACCUUCAGGAACUGUGUUAUGGGGGAUGUCUGAGAUGGUAAAGAACCGAAAGAUAAUGGAAGAAGCACAAUCAGAGGUAAGAAGAGUGUUUGAUAAAAAGGGGUAUGUGGAUGAGUCAGAGAUACAUAAAUGUAUAUACUUAAAGUCUGUCAUCAAAGAAACAUUGAGGUUGCAUCCUUCUCUACCAUUGUUGAUUCCAAGAGAAAGUAGGGAGAAAUGUCAAAUCAAUGGGUAUGAUAUUCCAGCUAAGGCAAGAGUCAUGGUAAAUGCUUGGGCUAUUGGAAGAGAUCCAAAAUUUUGGGUUGAAGCUGAGAGUUUCAAACCGGAGAGAUUUCUUGAUAUUAAAAUUGAUUUCAAAGGUACAAACUUUGAAUACAUACCGUUUGGUGCUGGAAGGAGGAUUUGUCCAGGCAUGGCAUUUGGCUUACCUAAUGUUGAGUUGCCUCUUGCUAAUUUACUUUACCACUUUGAUUGGAAGCUUCCUAAUGGAAUGAAGAAUGAAGAAUUAGAUAUGACAGAGAAAUUAGGGAUUACAGCUGGAAGAAAAAGUGACCUGUGUUUGAUUCCUUUUACUCGUUGUCUUUGA